CAGGAUUGCGAUGGAUGAGAACGGGGCAGAUUACAUCACAGAUGCGGAGUGGUGGCUUUACCGCGGCGUCAAAUACUUCACAAAGGUGUCACUCCGAAACUGUAAUAUCAAAAUGACGGCCCGGGACAGAACAAGGGAGCUGUAUUCAUGGUCGAAACACUCUAAGUGUCCCAUGAAAACUUGUCAUAUAUUUCUUGGUCAACAUCAAAUUUUAGUUCGAGUUUCUUUUAAAAAUCGCUUGUUGCAUCACUGAAACCAAAAUACAAUCAGGAUGCCACAAUUAUUUCGGAAAAUGAUAUUACACAUUUUUUUCACCUCACAGUAUCGUUGGCGAAAAUGUUUUGUUUUGUCUCAGCUUAUAGUUGUCCUGCACCGCUGUCUGGGAGGCGUUUCGUCGAAUCUGUGUGAAUACUUCAGUACGUGGAACUGGGACGCGGGACUCUGCUCACUUCUCCCAGCCAAGGGCGUUCUGUGGAGUCCUAUGAUCCAGAGUAUAGAACCAGAAUUCAAGUGUCCUGUUACUGCGGGAUUUAAGGUCGUCAGGAAUGGAACUUUGGACUUUGCUAUCGUGGACCAGAUUGGAGCCCGUUCGGGUGUUGACAAAUAUGUUUGGCAAGUGGAGGCUCAAGCCUUUGACGAGCUUCGUGAAUUGUCAGUUUGUUUUAAUUUUACCGUUGACGUAAGACGAGUAAGGCUUAAGACAUGAUUUUUG